AUGACCUGUAGCUACUGCGCAAAAUGGCAAACAUCUCUGAUGGCAGAAAAGUGUGAGACGAAGUAUAAUGUAAAACUUUGUAUAAAUAAUAAUCAUAUAAAAAAUCAAUGAGAAACUAACAUUAAAAAUAAGUGCUUUUCCAGAGAGUAUUUUCUUACAACAGAAGGUCACAAUAGAGCCUGUCAUAAUGGCACAUAAAAAAGCAUUUUUCAUUCUUCUAUCAUCAUCGUUAUUUCGUAUACUUCUGUACAUGUCGUUUAUAAUAGCAUUAUGCAUUUGAUGUAAUAUUUGAAAUGUCAUUAUAGCAGGAAAAUUUCUAAUAAUAACAUAUAUAAUAAUUACUAGGAAAAAUUUUUAUUUAAAAGAUAUUUUUAAAAUGAAAGACAUACUUUCUUUUAGACAUACUUUUGAAAUGCUAACAUCGACGCUGUAAGCAUAACUGAAGUAGGUAAUUGAAAACACAAUCUAGAAAAUCGGUGUAUUAAUUCACCAGUCUCUAAAUGAAAUGCACCAUCUCUGAGUUGUUUUGCACGAAUAAUAUUAGACAGUUGUAUUCCAGGAGGUACAAAGCCUCUUCUGACAAAAGUUAAUUACUUGAAAUAUUAGAGUAAUUGAGCAAUUAGAAUUUACCUACUUAUAAUCAUCACAGAAUUGUUUAGCUUCUCUCAAUUUUUGGUCGUUUACAAAAAUCAUACGAUAAUCAGCAAUAAAAGCAAAAUGUUUCAAUCUACCAAUAUACGUAGAUUGAUCCCAUAACGGUUUAUCAAUGUCAAAUUUUUCAUCGAUAUUCAUUGCUAUAUUAUAAAUUUAAGUAUUCUUAAAUAUUCUCCAGUCGAUUUUUUUACAUUAUUGAUCAUAAAUUCACAUUUGUUAAUUAGUUAUUAACUAUAAUUUCUGUUCACGUUUCAUAUUUCUUAUUAUUAUUCAUUUUGUUUUGUACUUAAAUUUUUAUUAGUUUUGGAUUAUAAAAAUAUGACAAAUGGAAAGAAUUGUGUAAUGUUGUACAAAGAAAAUGAAUAUUAUAAAAUUAAUGAAAUUAUCAUUCUGGCACAGUGAGUGAAGUUAACUGGAAGUAAUUGCGUUUAUAUAUUGUUAAUAUUUUAACAACAUAAAAAUAUUAAUAGAAAUUUCCUCCGCUUGAUAAAAUUGUAAUGCAACUAUAAAUUAUGGUACUUGCUUUUUUAUGAUAUUGCACUUAUUUUUUCUAAAAAUUUAUAAUGUGCGUUUUACCAUAUAGGCCAAAGCAACGACUUGUAAAGAAGCUAUUCAGCGAUGGGAAGAGAAAAUGGGUUUAACUGCCAGUGGACAGAAAGAAAUCAUUUUGUCUUUCCAGUGGCCUCCAAUUGAAAAAAUGGAUAAUAAUUUAGCGGCACUUACCGCUGUCGAAAAGUUAUCUCUCUCGACAAAUAUGAUAGAAAAGAUCAGUGGUAUCAAUUCAUUAAAAAAUUUGAAAAUUCUAUCUUUGGGUCGCAAUAAUAUUAAAACUUUUUCCGGAUUGGAAGCAGUUGGAGAACAUCUGGAACAAUUAUGGAUAUCAUAUAAUCAGAUUGAAAAAAUUAAAGGCGUGAACGUAUUGAAGGCGCUGAAAGUACUUUACAUGUCGAAUAAUUUGGUAAAAGACUGGGCAGAGUUUAAUCGUCUACAAGAAAUACCGCUUCUUGAAGAUUUAUUGUUUAUUAAUAAUCCUAUUUGUGAAAAUAUGGACGUGGAAUCUUGGCGCAGUCAAGUAACUAGAAGACUUCCGAAAUUAAAAAAACUUGAUGCUAUACCGGUUGUAUGA